AUGAAAGAUCCAUCUAGCGAAUAUAUGUGCUGGAAAACCGAUAACAAUUACCCGCGUUCCAGUACUUGUGAGAGCAAAAUACAACACAUUCUUCCUGAAAGGCUUGCCACAUUCCUUGCUGAGUUGCAAAACGAAGAGCAAUCAGUGAUCCAGUCAAAACUUAAAGUACCAACUGUUACUACUCACGAGAAUCAGACAGAACUGUUCUGUCGUUACGCAUUGACAAACAGGCAUGCUGGACCAAUGAUGCAGCAGGAUUUCAUCAAGGAGUAA